AUGUUUUCACACGAACGUAUUUCAUCGACACACCUGUUCCCGGUCUCAACGUUUAAAAUGGCUGUUACACUUCACACAGAUAUAGGAGACAUCAAAAUUGAAAUAUUUUGUGAACGCGCACCGAAAACGUGCGAGAAUUUCCUUGCCUUGUGUGCCAGUGGGUUCUACAAAGGAUGCAUCUUCCACCGAAAUAUUAAAGGCUUCAUGGUGCAAACUGGAGACCCGACAGGCACUGGCAAAGGAGGAACGAGCAUAUGGGGACGCAAAUUUGAAGAUGAAUUCAGCGAACAUUUAAAACACAAUGUUAGAGGAGUGGUCUCCAUGGCAAACAAUGGUCCAAACACCAAUGGCUCCCAGUUUUUCUUCACCUACGCCAAACAGCCUCAUCUGGACAUGAAGUAUACUGUGUUUGGAAAGAUUAUUGAUGGCUUGGAAGCAUUGGAUGAGCUGGAGAAACUCCCUGUACAUGAAAAGACAUUCCGACCGUUGACUGAAACUCGGAUUAAGGAUGUUACCAUUCACGCCAACCCUUUUGCUGGUUAG